AUGGGAUUCACGCCGCUUGAUUGGGUAGUGUUGACAGGAUUGAGUAUUGGAAUUGGGGAUGAUGUUCCGUAUAACCCAGUCAAGUACAAAUUUGAUUAUGUCCGUGAGCAUGUUUUUCCAGAAAUAGAAGAACCCUUAGAUUAUGAAGAUCCCCCAAUCUCUGGAAAAAAACGCCCCCCGGCACAGUGGAUUUCAGAUGCAAUCACAAUUAAAUUUUUGACUACGUAUUUCAAAGAAGAUAUCUUGGUUGCAGCUAAUUUGGAUGACAAACUUGCAGAAAAAGUGGCGAGGGCCUUUUUUAUGUAUGUUUUGGGAAAUUUUUUCUUUUCCAAUGCAAAGAACUACAUUGAUGCGGCUUGGUUAGCUGCUUUUGAGGAUCUAAAUGCAGUUGAUAUGUAUGACUGGGGUGGUCCUGCUUUUGCAAAAUUGUAUGUGGCACUCAACGCAUCUGGUAGGGGACAGAAGUCAUUAACUGGGCCGUUCCAAAUAUUAGAGUUUUGGGGAUAUGAAUAUCUGGGCAUAUGUAGACCGUGCGACCCAACUAGUGAAGAAAAAUGGCCAAGAACUUCCCGGUGGAAAGCGAAGAAAAAGACUAUCGAUAUUGUUCACUGUAGGAAUGCGCUUAAUCAGUUGACUGCAGACAUCGUGACAUGGAGACCGUGGGAAUCCGCCAUUGGUGUUCUUGACUCUGAUGUUGGUCGCAGGGCUGUGGAGCUUUCAAACAAAAGGGUUAUAUUUACUUGGAUUGGCAAGAAUAUGUGGUACCUAGGAGAACGAUCUUGGAGGCAAAAUCAUCCUACUUUUGGAAUUCCUAGAAAUCCACCAUUUAAAAUUGGCGAGGUCAGUCAUGAGAAAGCAAAACUUGUGAAAGAAGCUGGAUGGGUAGAUGCAAAUAUGUUUGUGAAAGCUGUUUCAUAUAAUAUGUAUCUGCGAUAUUGGCGACAUGUAACUAACUUCCAUCAAUUCGUGACCAAAGUCGAUUGGGUAGUUGAAUUACACGGGGUUGAUGGUGACCGUGUUAAACACCUUAUUCAACGACCUGCUCAGCAUGUACCUAUUCCACCACCACAACAAUUAUCAUACCCUGAAGCUUAUAAUCUGGUUCAAGAACAUGCCGAUUUUAAUCGUGCGUUUCGCGAGUUUGUAUUAUAUGAAACGGAAGACAGGAUGAUACGUUUAAAGGCAAAAGAUGAAGUAAUACGAGGCCUUGCAGCUCGUAACAAUUACCUGGAGGAUCAGAUGCAAUUCCGUAUGCAACAAACGCCGCGUCCCCCUAUUGGAUUCGGCAGUUUUUCUGAAACUAUCCCACCAGCGGUGUGGGCUCCAGUGAGUCAAGCAUCAACAAUGUCGUCUGUUAACCCCCUCCGAGAAUGA